AUGCAGGAUACUGAAGGGUUCAGCAGUAGCAAUGUGACGCAGCACUACGACUCAAAGGUCUUUGCCGUGUCGGCUCUUGUCAGCUCAUAUCUGCUGUACAACUCAGUCAAAAUCAUCGAUCAGGCUGCCAUAGAUUAUCUCGAGCUUCUGGCCCGCCAAACGCAGAUGUUCUCAUUAAAGGCAAGGCUGAACGCGUCGGCUGAUUUUGACACGCUCUUCGAAUUCCCGGAUCUCAUGUGGGUUAUCCAG